AUGGCUGGUGAUGAUGAAGAUAAGAACACUAACUAUGGAUGUAAAACCCAGAAGCCAGGAGGAUGGAAGGCCAUGCCUUAUAUUCUAGGGAAUGAAGCGUUUGCGAGCUUGGCCGCGAAUGGGAUGUUUGCGAACUUUCUGGUGUAUCUGACGAGAGAACUUCACAUAGACACAGUUUCUGCUGCAAAUAUUAUGAGUAUUUGGUAUGGUCUCUCCAACUUCGGCCCUCUCAUUGGCGCCUUCAUUUCUGAUGCUUAUGUCGGUCGCUUCAACACCAUAGCUUUUGCUUCCGUCCCCAAUCUUCUGGGGAUGAUGGUUGUGACACUAACAGCAUGGUUACCAGAAUUGCACCCUCCACCAUGUACACCACAACAACUAGCACAAAACCUAUGUGAGAAACCCAAAAAGACUCAUCUUCUUGUUCUUCUUCUGGGAUUUCUCCUAAUGUCCAUUGGCUCUUCUGGAAUAAAGCCUUGUAGUCUCCCAUUCGGCGUCGACCAGUUCGCUGGAUCCACGGAAGAAGGAAGGAGAGGGAUCAACAGUUUCUUCAAUUGGAGCUACACCAUAACGAGUCUGAUAUAUCUCGUAACUCAAACAGUAGUGAUCUAUGUUCAAGACUCUGUGAGUUGGUCCCUAGGUUUUGGGAUCCCUACUUUGUGUAUGCUGUUGGCUCUGGUGUUUUUCUUCAUUGGUACAAGGAUUUAUGUGCAUGUAGGGCCAGAAGGGAGUAUAUUAUCUGGAGUUGCUCAAGUUCUUGUUGCUGCUUAUAAAAAGAGAAAAGUUGAGAUUCAUUGUGGUGAAGAUGAAGAUAAAGAUGGAGUAGCCUUGUAUGAUCCUCCUUUGAAAAAGGGCACUAGUGUCGUUACAAAGCUGCCUCCGACCAACCAAUUCAGGGUAUUAAACAAAGCUGCUGUAAUAAGGGAAGGAGAGUUAAACCCAGAUGGGAGCAAAGUAAAUCCAUGGAGACUAGCUAGCAUCCAGCAAGUAGAAGAAGUAAAAUGCCUCGUAAGAAUCUUGCCAAUCUGGACAACUAGUUUCUUAACCCUAACCUCCAUAAUACAUCUAGGAAUAUUCACAAUCUCGCAAGCCCUAAAAAUGGACAGACACAUCGGAACCAACUUCCAAAUCCCAGCAGCUUCAUUAUCAGUCUUCUCCUUCCUCACCAUAGUCCUCUGGGUCCCACUCUACGAUCGCAUCGUCGUACCAGCACUUAGAAAAACUACACACCAUGAUGGAGGCAUAACGUUGCUUCAACGAAUGGGAAUCGGUUUAGUGUUCUGUGCUGUGUCCAUGGUUGUAGCUGGGUUCGUGGAAAAAGCCAGAAGGGGUUUGGCUAACUCGAACCCUAACCUGCUUGGGGUCACGCCGAUGUCGGCCAUGUGGCUAACCGUGCCGCUGAUCCUAAUGGGCAUGUGUGAGGCAUUUUAUAUUAUUGGAGCGAUUGAGUUUUUCAACAGACAAUGCCCAGAACACAUGAGGAGUAUUUCGAAUUCAUUGAUGUAUUGCUCUUGGGGUGUGGCCAGUUAUGCGAGCACCUUCAUUAUCACGAUGGUUAAUCAUCGGACAAGUUGGUUAACGAAUGAUUUGAAUGCUGGGAGAUUGGAAUACUUUUACUAUCUCAUUGCUGGAUUUGGAGUUUUGAAUCUAUGUUUCUUCUUCUUGGUUGUUCAGAGGUAUCAAUACGUAAGUUUUAAGGUUCAAGAUGAUGAUGAUGGUGAUGUUGAAUUAGCUGAGACCAAAGCUUCUGUAUGAGGUGUCUUAUGCAAUGAAACCAAUA